GACACCAACAAGCCUAGCUUAACACAAGCUGCUGAUCCUACUAGUGCAAUAUCAAGUCGUAUCUUCUCCCAGAUAGUAUUGUGUGUUUUUUGCUUUGUUACCUAAUAAUAUUAAUAUUGAGAGUAUAUUAAGAGAUAUAGCUUUCAUUACCCAUCAUCAUUGAUCAUCCAAAGUUUUUUUGUGUAUUAUUAAUACAACAUAGUCAAGCUUACCAGAGUAGAAUCUUUCCAAAGAAAAAAACAAUCAAAAAGCCUUUUUCAAUAUCUAUUAAUACAACAUGUUGCCACAUAAUCACAAGGAACUUACUUCCGUUGUUACCGAAUCUAUUGACUUCCUUUCAGAACAAUCACCAUUCUAUACUGAAAGUAUUCAAUAUGCCAAACAUUCCCACAAGAAUAAGUCUCAUAUUCCUCCAGAGGAACGUAAUUUAAUCUUCCCAAGGCAACAACAGCAACAGCAACAACAACAAGCCUCUAAUAGUAAUUGGUUUGAUCAAGAAGACACUGAUUUUGAUGACUUUUUCGGUGAACAACCUACCAAUGAAAAGGUUAUGGCUCCUUCUGUCAAUCAACAAACCUAUGUUCAUGAAGACCAAGUCUUUUUGGAUGGAGGUAGUUGUGAUUUUGAUGAAAUGGAUUUAUUCACAAACACGAUUGACUCUACUCCACAACAACCACAAUUAAAGAAGGCCAAGUAUGAUCACCACUCAUCCACUACUGCAGAAUCAUCCUCCUCCUCCACAACAACUGUAGCAGUCAAGCAACCAAAUAAUAAUCAAGAUAAUACUCUGCUCUCGAUAUUAAUCAGAGAACAACAAAAACAAGGUGCCGAAAUUUCCGAACUCAAGCAAAUGGUACACAACUUGCAAGCACAAAUCUUGAUGCAUCCAAUGUAUCAACAACAAUAUGCCCUUUAUCAACAACAUCAACAACAACAAUACCAACUUUACUUGCAACAAAACCAACAACAAGAAAAUAAGCAGUAAUUCCCUUGUAAAUUUGAAUUUGGUCAAUUCACCAGGCUGUCUAAGAAGCUGUCUGCUUGAAUUGUCUACCAAAUUAAUUGUAAAUUUCCCUCUAGUAAUACUAUGUAAACUACACUGUAACUUGCAUUAUUCGGUAGCUUGAUUGGGAACUAGUGAUGUGGAUAGUAUUGAUUUGUUACAAGUCAUACUGCUUGCAAAUAGCCUCCCAAAAAGCAAUCGAAAGAAUUCCAUUCACUUCCUCUCAAAUAAAUCUUGUGUGUUGAAUUC